AUGCGGUCGGGGCUUCAGAAACCUGGGGCCAUUCCGUUUCUUGCUCUCUUGGUCUUUUCGCUAUUUAGUUUGGUGCCGUCGCUCGCAAAGGAAUGGGAUUUCUAUAACGUGCACCUGGGGUACAUUGGCUAUCGCAAUGACGUUCGACAUGUCUCUCGGGUAAAAGAUAACUGGGCCGAUGUUCGAACAAGAUCUCGAGUUUCUGGGACUGGCUGGAAGCCAUGGCUCCUAGAUGGAUAUCAGGGGUUCUAUGAGCGCAAAGCUCGUCCGCGACGUUGUGCGGUGGACGCGCCGUCUCGGAGCUCUUUUGAGGCUGCUGCCGUCUUCGAUACCGAUCCUUUGGCAUUUCCGGCCCGAGAAUCCUCGGCUUUCACUCGGGGAGUCCGCGCUUUUAAGGCAAUGGUCAUCAGGCAGCCGGAUGAGUCGCAGUUACUUCCGACCUUUGCAGCGGAGGGUAAUGCCAUCGAGCAAUUACCUACGCGACUCAGUGCCCUUGCCAAUUCCUCGGUUAUACCAGCUGCUCCUCUCGACGACGGACCUUUCGGGGUGUCGCCUACCAGCAAUUCCAUGAUACCAGCUACCAGCAGCGUGGUUGAUGUAUCUCGAUGGUUGCUAGGGUUGUCCCGUGCCUCAUGGCAGCAGGUCUGCCGCGCGGGGAGCGAGUAUCUGGAGAACAUGACUGCUUGGCAAGCCCGCCAGCCCAACUUCGACCUCUCACAACAUGACAACCACACCACCUCCUCACAUCCAACAGUCCCACAAAACCACACACCCCGCGAACAACCUAUACCCCCGAGAGCAGUAGUCGUGAAUAAUAGCGACGACACCACCGACACCGCCAGUCAAUCAGCAUCCACGCCAAGCGCCACGCCGCCCCCGCCGGCUCUCUCCCCCAACAGCACCGCACCGACUGCCGGACAGUCCAAAGUCGCGGGAUUCCAGCAGGAGACCGAGCACAUGCGCCGGGGUAGCUGCAUGGCCAUAGUGAUCGGCCUAGUGGUGGGCGUGAUGUGGUUUUAA